CGGAACUGGGUUUCUAUAGUAGUGUUUCUACACGGAAUAUGAAAAAAGUAGUUCAGUAACAAACAGAUCAUAUGAAACCCUUACAGUGAACACUUUUAAAUCAUAAUGUGGAUUUUCGUACGGGGACUGCAAAAAUGUCGAAGGAAGCGUAUGAUGAAAUGUCAGUUUUAUCUGCCAUAUACUGUGAACAGAACGAGUUCGAGUUGUUAGAAGAGUCAGCUGAGAGGGGAAUCGUCUACCGCAUACACGCACUGAUUGAAAGAAACAAUGAGAAGACACCACUAGCCCUAACAUUCCACAUCUGCCCUGACUACCCUCACACCCCUCCAGAUGUCAGCAUCGCUUCCAGCCACUUGUCGAGAAAACAGUGUCAAGACCUGAGGCUGCAUUUACUGGAAACAGCACGAUCACUUCCACCAGAGCCCAUGGUCCACGACUUAAUGCUGAGGCUUCAGGAAAACUUCUCAGACUUGAUCAAAACAUCAAGCUGCGAUUCAGCGGAGAUCAGACCAGAAUCUACAGAAGAAACCUGGACUGCUUUACUACAUUUAGAUCACAUGAGGUCCAAAGCAAAAUACAUCAAACUUAUUGAAAAAUGGGCUUCAGAACUGUGUCUCACUGGGAGACUCUUUACAGGGAAGCCCAUAUUGAUUCUUUUGCAAGGAAGAAAGGAAGAUAUUAAAGAAUACAUCCACCUUCAGAAGACGGUUAAAGUAGAUGUUGACUCUUCAGGGAAACGCUGUAAGGAAAAGAUGAUGAGCGUCCUGUGUGAGAUUCCACAGCCAGAGAAGAUACUGAUGUCUACAUUUGAAGUUAAAGAUAUUUUAUCACUUGAGGACCUCAGAAGGGAGUUUGAUCUUAUUGGACUGCCUGAGCUUUAUAAGCAGUUUGUGUGUCCACUCAUCCGACAGGAAGCUGCUGUGUAACACACACUCUCUCCACUGGGAGGAGCCAGACUCAAUUACUGUCUACAGUUCUUUGAUGGAAUCCCAUCAUAAAAUGCAUCAUGCAGUAUUUUAAGAAGCAUACUAUGUAAAAUAUGCUAAAUAUGCUGACAUGUCUCCUCAUAGAGUUGGACUGUUGGAAACGUUCACAAUAAAAUGUAUGGUAAACUUA